GAUCCGCAAAGUUUACAGAAGCCAAUGUUAAAUGCAAUAAUUAUUUGCGAGUCUAGCUCCAGGCCCCGUAAAUUGUUAGCAGGUAGGGCGGUGUUGCUGGCACUCUUGGCCUCCGAACGGUAGGGGCGCUCUGAUCUCCGCGUGGCCUCUUGGGAGCUGGGCGUUCACUGCGCAAGCGCACUCCAGACUUUUUCGUCCGUCUCCACGUGUGAAACUUUUCAGCCACUUUUUCGAGAAAAAUGCCCAAAUUCAAGGCGGCCCGUGGGGCCGGAGGUCAGGAAAAACACGCACCCCUGGCCGAACAGAUUCUGGCUGGGGACGCGGUGCGGGCAGGUGCCCGGGAAAAGCGGCGGGGUCGCGGAACCGGAGAAGAGGAGGAAGAGUAUGUGGGGCCCCGGCUGACCCGACGGAUCUUGCAGCAAGCGCGGCAGCAGCAGGAGGAGCUCGAGGCCGAGCAUGGGACUGGGGGCAGGCCCGCGGCGCAGCGGGAGCGCAUCACACGGCUGGGUCCAGGGGUGCCACAGGAUGGAUCAGAUGAUGAGGAUGAGGAGUGGCCCACCCUGGAGAAGGCUGCCACAAUGACAGGGGCAGGCCACCAUGCAGAGGUAGUUGUGGACCCUGAGGAUGAGCGUGCCAUUGAGCUGUUUAUGAAUAAGAACGCUCCUGCCAGGCGCACCCUAGCUGACAUUAUCAUGGAGAAGUUAACUGAGAAGCAGACAGAAGUUGAGACGGUCAUGUCCGAGGUGUCAGGCAUCCCUAUGCCCCAGCUGGACCCCCGGGUCCUGGAGGUCUACAGAGGAGUCCGGGAGGUGUUAUCGAAGUACCGCAGUGGGAAGCUGCCCAAGGCAUUUAAGAUCAUCCCUGCACUCUCCAACUGGGAGCAGAUCCUCUAUGUCACAGAGCCUGAGGCUUGGACUGCUGCUGCCAUGUACCAAGCCACGAGGAUUUUCGCCUCUAACCUGAAGGAACGCAUGGCCCAGCGCUUCUAUAACCUUGUCCUGCUCCCCCGUGUACGAGAUGACAUUGCUGAAUACAAACGACUCAACUUCCACUUGUACAUGGCACUCAAGAAGGCGCUGUUCAAGCCUGGAGCCUGGUUUAAAGGGAUCCUGAUCCCACUGUGCGAGUCAGGCACCUGUACCCUCCGGGAAGCCAUCAUCGUGGGUAGCAUCAUCACCAAAUGCUCCAUCCCUGUGCUGCACUCCAGCGCGGCCAUGCUGAAAAUUGCUGAGAUGGAAUACAGCGGUGCCAACAGCAUCUUCCUGCGACUGCUGCUGGAUAAGAAGUACGCGCUGCCCUACCGGGUGCUGGAUGCCCUGGUCUUCCACUUCCUGGGGUUCCGGACAGAGAAGCGUAAACUGCCCGUGCUCUGGCACCAGUGCCUCCUGACUUUGGUCCAGCGCUACAAGGCAGACCUGGCCACAGAGCAGAAAGAGGCCCUCUUGGAACUGCUCCGGCUGCAGCCCCACCCACAACUGUCCCUUGAGAUCAGGCGUGAGCUUCAGAGCGCAGUACCCAGAGAUGUGGAAGAUGUUCCCAUUACUAUGGAGUGAGGAAACAGUCACUCAUCCUCAUCUGAAGGGUGUGGGAGGACACCAGGUUCCCUCUUGAUAACUAAAGGUGACUCUGAGUCUUUACAGCUGAAGAUUCAAAUUUGAGCAGUAGAGCUCAAGGGCAUCUGACUUUGGUACCUGACACGGAGGACUGAGGGCCUGGCUGGCUCCUUCCAUUCUAGGCCAUCAUUUCUGCUCAGUCCUGGAACCUGUUUGACAUUCCACACCCCUGCUGGGGCUUGGAAUAAGUACUUUCUCUCAGGCUGUUGUGUCAAGUCACUGAGAUGCGGAUAAAAAGGCAGGUAUUUAUUGAACUUCUGUGUUACGAUGUGAUCAAUGGAGAUCUUUGUUUUCCCUCGUUAGCUGUAGGUAGGGAUUAUUCUUUCCAGUUCCCGUCUAGAGUGGAUUCUUACCAGUUUACGUAGGACACCCCUCCACCCCUUAUUCUACAAGUUUGUUUCUCUAGGCUAUACCCACCCUGUUAGCCCCUAGGGGGCACAUUUGCUGCUUUCUUCCAGGCCUACUUGUGUCCAUAAAGUUUUAUUGGGACACAGCCAUGUCUCUCCAUUUACAUUUUCUGUGGCUGCUUUGAUGCUGCAACAGCAGAGUAUGAUUCUGUAACCCUUGUUUGCUUUUGAAAAUGUGAAUUUGUUCUAACCCAAUUAACAUAUUUGGGAACAAUUUGAUCAUAAAGCAAAUUUCACAUUUAUGUGCAAUUUUCUCCUGGAGAAACAUUAGGUAAAAGCAAAAAACUGCACCCAGCUGAACCAAGCCACAUACACAAAGUGCACGCACCUCUGAUAUGUACCAGCUACCUCAGUUCACCUUGUGGGUUGGGAGCCACACCCACAUCUGGUGUUAUAACCCCUACCUUCCACAUCCUUCCGACCUCUGCUUCCACAAGCAAUCUUAAGGUCUUUUUCAAGAUAAAGGGCUAUGUUUAUUGUA